GCCGUGUCAUUUCACAUUUUGGUCUCAAACACAAAGCUCGUUAGCUGACUCUUGUUAACACAAGAAACCCCGACAGGCACCACCUGGGUCCUGUUUUACUCGUAACUAUGGCUCGAUCCCUUGAGCCACUGGUGGUUGGCAAAGUCAUCGGAGAAGUUCUUGACAUGUACAAUCCUGUUGCUGAGUUCACUGUACAUUAUGGAUCUAAACAGAUCGCCAAUGGCUGUGAAAUCAAACCUUCUGCUGCUGCACAAAAGCCCCAUGUACAUAUUCUGGGUUCUCGUCUCUCCUCUGAUCUCUAUACCCUGGUUAUGGUUGAUCCUGAUGCGCCAAGUCCCAGUGAACCAAAAUGGAGAGAAUGGCUCCACUGGAUUGUUGUAGAUAUCCCAGAAGGAUCUGAUGCCACGAAAGGACAUGAGUUGGUGCCAUACAUGGGACCUCAGCCGCCGACCGGAAUUCACCGCUACGUGUUUGCGCUGUUCAAGCAGAAAGGUGCAUUGAAAGGAAGGAGUCUAGGCCCAGAUGGGCGUGGCAACUUCAGCACUCGCCAAUUUGCUGCACAACAUGGAUUUGGAGUUCCGGUUGCUGCUGUGUAUUUUAACUCGCAGAAGGAACCGGCUGUCAAAAAACGUUGACGUAUUAUGUCGGAUCUUUGUUUAAAAUGUUUUUAAUGUCUGUUUGUUGCUUUGUGGAUCCCCACGAUGGGAUCAGGUUUUUAUAUGUUGACGUGGCUUUCUGCUUGUAAUUACUUCUUUUGCUUUAGUGUGUUUCAAUUUUCAAGUUAAAAAAAAAAAAAUCCCCUAAUUUAAAUAAUUUAUAUAAGCAUAAUUUUCCAUUU